ACUCUGCUGGCACUGGAGCUGAAUAGAGUGGAGUAUAAUCUCUUUCCCUCAGCUGCUUUCAAAAAUGGCGGUGAACACAAGCACGUCUCUAGUGUUGUCCAGUCUGCUGUCGGUGCUGGUGUUUGCAGGAAUGCAGAUGUUCAGUCGACAGCUGGCUUCUUCAGAGUGGCUCACCAUCUUGGGCGGCUUCCUGGGCUCCUUGUUGUUUAUCUGCUCUCUUACUGCUUUCAAUAACCUGGAGAACCUGGUCUUUGGCAAAGGCUUUCAAGCCAAAAUCUUCCCAGAGAUUGUCGUGUGCAUGUUCCUGGCACUGUUUGCAUCCGGUUUGGUGCAUCGCGUUUGUGUGACAACAUGCCUGAUCUUCUCUGUCUUCGCACUUUACUACAUCAAUAAAGUGUCAGCAGCUCUUUACCAGGCAGCACCCGCUCCAAUUCCAGCCAAACCCACCAGCAAGGGCAAAAGGAAGAAUUGAAGCACUUUAGCCAUCCCAGCACAAUCACAGUCAUCACAGCACUGUCUGCUAAAGCUACACAAUCUGAUGUGUUUGCCAACAGCACACUGUCUUUUUUUUAUUCAUUCCAUUCAAACUUAAAAAUGUGUAACAAAUUUUGUCAAACCAGUCACAGAUGUUUGGUUUUUGGUUCUGUUCGCAAAAUAUUUUUGUUUAAGGCGUUUGUUAUUAAAAGUUGAUUGAAUCAUC